GUUCAAUCAAUGGACGUCUGGAAAGUGGUUUUGGUUUGUGUACCAAUUUAUUUUGUUGUGAAUGAAGUGUUUCAGUAAUGGGUCAAACUUUGUCCGAGCCUGUAACAACAAAGGAGACAUCCAAAUGUGAGAACAACUUUUUCAAGGUUGGCUCUUCCUGCAUGCAAGGAUGGAGAAUCAGUAUGGAAGAUGCCCAUACACACUUGUUGUCUCUUGCUAAUGACAAGGAUGCAUGUUUCUUUGGCGUUUUCGAUGGACAUGGCGGAGUUAAGAUUGCCCAAUAUGCAAGUACACACUUACACAAGAAGAUACUUGCACAGACAUCAUAUGUUCAUGGGAACAUUGUUGAUGCAAUGAUUUCUGGGUUCCUAGCUUUAGAUGACGAAAUGCAGAGGGAUGAUUCCAUGAAAGAUGAACUUGCUGGUACAACAGCUGUUGUUGCAUUACUGAAAAAUAACAGAAUUUAUUGUGCAAAUGUUGGUGACUCCAGAGCCAUAGCUAGUGUGGCUGGUGAAGUGGAGCAGUUGUCCUUUGACCACAAGCCCAGCAAUGAACUAGAAACGAGAAGAAUCAUUGCAGCAGGAGGCUGGGUCGAAUUCAACAGAGUUAAUGGUAACCUAGCCUUGUCCAGAGCUCUUGGUGAUUUUGUAUUCAAGAAGAAUGACAAAAAAAGACCCGAGGAACAGAUUGUUACAGCUGCACCUGAUGUCAUAGAAAAAAUUAUUAAACCAGAUCACGAAUUUCUAGUCCUAGCCUGUGAUGGAAUCUGGGAUGUUCUAACCAAUCAAGAAGUUGUUGAUUUUGUUAGAGCCAGGAUUGCUCAAAGAAUGGAACCAGAUAUUAUAUGUGAAGAGCUGAUGACGAGGUGCCUUGCACCAGAUUCCCAAAUGGGUGGAGUGGGCUGUGACAAUAUGACUGUUGUGUUGGUGUGUUUCCUCCACGGUGGUUUGUAUGAAGACUUGGUAAAGAGGUGCUCCCUGCCCAGCAAGCACGGGCCGGCGCCACACUUAAACAAUUCAGCUAACAUGAAAUAGCAUUCGUUGUGAAGGAUUCGAGACAUUACACAGCCGUUCAUCAUAAGUCAAGCCAUGCCAAAAAAACUAGAUUUCACGUGUAUAUUGCCAGUGUUGUCAAGUGGUUGCCAGUUGAUGGGUUAGUGUUGUCAUAUAAUCAUUACAGUGAAGUGUCUGUCACUAAGCAGGAUCCAUAGAACUGUUGCCACUAACCACAGGCAGUUACCCGCAAGUCCCAAGAAUAGUAUUAUUGUUUGUUUUGUUUUUUUAAAUAUAAUAAUAAGGAAUUCUUUUUAUUUCAAUCAAAAUGUAUUUAACAUGAUCAGUAUGUUUUUAGUGUUUGAUAUUUGCAGGCUGACAUUGCAGCAGACUUGCUCCUCACAAAAACCAGGACCUUAAAUUUGAAAAUACGUCUUGGUGGCUGUUGGUGAUGGAUGAAAUAUUUUUCAUUGAUUAAUUUGCCUUUGUCUUUUAUCUCUUGUACGUACUAUUGAUUUUGUUACGUGAAAAGAUAUGUAUAUUUGUACAACAAAACCACUUACCAGUAGUUUAUUACUGUAUAUUAGCUACAAGAUAAUUUUAGCAGACAAAAGAAAAGUAAAAGCUUGAAUUGUUUAGAUGUUUAAAUUUGACAUUAUGGACUAGUGCUUGUAUCGUGUAUUUUUGUGGGUUUUUUGGUGUAUGUUAGAAAUUAUUUGCCAUUAUUCACUGUAAGAGUGUUCUAGGGAACAUAACCAUAGGAGCAUGGGAGCAAAGGAAAAAACUGUUUCCUUUCUUCAUUUUAAAAUAUUUCAAAGCUUUUACUUAGUGUAGUCAGACAUAGUUCUCCGCCAUCCUCUAGUAUAACUUUAUUUAAGUUUCAUAUUAAUUUAAUUUAACAGACAUUGUUUAUAGUACAUUUUAUUAUUGGCAUAUGUUUCUGACUGUGCAAGCAAAUGUGUGUUGUGAAUGACAUAUUAGCACAGACAGUUGCUUCCCAUACCAUCUGUACGAAAUAGGUACCAAUACCAUGAACCUCUCCCUAUUACCUCAGUUGAAAUUUUGUUCCUGCGUCUUUAUUUACAAAUAAAUGCAUACAUGAGUGUUCAACAGUGAUUAGUUAUAUGAAAUCUUUUCAGUUCCUGGAACUUUAAAAUGGCAGUGUUUAAAAUCAUUAGCAGUAUUGAAAGUUUUGGUUUCGGUUAUAAUGUUAAACAAUCCUUUUAAAUCUCUCCCCUUCUUCAUGGAAAUGAGAGGCAUUGUGUGUCUGUCCGUCCAUUUGUCCCCCACAAACUCACGACAGCAACUAAUUCUACAUUUUGUUUGGGAAUCGGUUGGCAUGGUGAUCCUAUUGUUUCUUGGGUUACUAUAUCACUUUGUCAAAGUUGUGACUCUUUUGGGUCUUCACUUGUCAGUCUUGGUUUACAGAUAGCAUAAAAAGUCCAAAAGAGUUAAAAUGUUAAAUUUGUCAGGUGAAAAAUCAUUAUAUUUAAUUAAGUAAUAAGAACAAACCAGGCAGCUACCAAUUUGCAAUAGCUCCUUAAAAUUCAGUGCAGGAAGUUAUGCAAAUGCAUGUAUUGUUUUUGACUUUGUGUGUGGACAACUUGACGACCAAAGUCAUUAUUUUAAUGGCUUGUAAAAUAAUGUGAUUUAGUCAUAUUUGUUUUGGUACACCUGGUCACUAGAGAGAUAUGAUAUCCAGUUUUUGAAGCUCACUUGUGCUGUUGUAUUGAGUUACAGAAUGUGGUCUGCUUCCAGCUGAGAAGUGUUUGUCUUGAUAUGAUGGUGUUUCAAGAAGCAAUACGUUUAAUUCAAAUGGUAUAUAAUGCAUCCAUGUCUUGCACCACAACGAUAUUUCAUGUGUAUUCAUUAUUGACUUAUUUGACCAGGCCAUGGGCCCACUUUUCAUGGAUGUGAUUUUGCGCGUACGUUUAUUCAUCCGGAACAUAUAGAACAGUACCUUUACCAUAUAUGUGUUUCUGGACACUGCAAGAAAAAACCCCAAUGAGAUAUUUUUCUGUCUGAUGAUGUUAUAACGUACUAAUUAUAUGGGAACGAGGACAAUAAUAUUGAAAAGACAGUUAUGAAGGUUAUGAGAAGAUGUGUUGAUGAACUUCUAAAAGGAGAAUCUAUCAUUUUAUAAUGUGCAUUCUUUUUCUUUGAAUACUCAUCAGUGAAUGUAGGUUGAGCUGUGGUUAAUAGACUGCCUUAGCUCAUCCAUAUAUGGCAUUGGCAGUGAUCCUCAUUGGUCUAGCUUCUACCCUUUGACCAAUCCAGUUUUAUUGACCCUACAGGAGCCGAAGCUCUUGCUGGUAGAGCUCUUCGGGUCAUUGAAACAUGCGAGAUACCUCGCCGUGUCAGUGGAUCAUGAUAUAGAUAAUGUAGGUUAUAGGGAAUAAAUAAAAAUUAUAAUCACCAAAACAUGAAAAGGGACAUGAAGGACAUUGAUUGUAAGGACCUUGUAUUUAGUAAGCAUUCUUAAAUCAAAUGAAACUAAGUAAUGCUUGUAGGAAUCCGCUUGCAAAAAUUCACAUAGGAAAAUACACAUUUCCACAAAAGAAAUUGUAUGCAGAAUUGCAUUAAUGGAUAGUGGGCUUUAAAGGCAAUGUCACACAGCAGUUAACAUAUAAAAUGACUCAGCAAAAUAUUGCCUCAAAUAUAAACAUACUUUAAAUUAGUCCAGAAAAUGACUACUCAACCAGCUACAUAGGUGUCAUAUGCCACUUUUUAUUGAUAUUUUGGUAUUUAUUGAAAUACAACUACCAGGGUACAUGUAGUCAUAAAUCAGAAAAAUAUAGCUAAUGCUAGCUGUUUUCCAAAUGGCUUAUGGUAGCGAGUGCUGGCUGAAAAGGAACAUAUGUACACAAUUAACAUAAUCAGUGUGACUAUGCCUUUAGUAGGUCAGUUGCCAUGAAACACCAUCUUUAAAAAAGAUAAUUUUAAGUUGGGUUACAGCAAAUUAUAUUCUGUUUUUUGUUGAUCAUUGAAUCAGAUUUUCGUUGAAGUUAACUUGCUACAUCAUUUGUGUUCACAGUAGCUUUAACUAAUUUACAGUUAAGACGUACUUAAUGUUACUAAAUCUGUGUAUAAUUACUACUACUUGUAUACUAUUUGUUGGUUAGCUAUAUUGGGUUCCUAACAUCUUGUAUUAUUAUUAUUGUGUGUUUAAGUUGAUUUCUUUUAUAAUCACUUGAAUGUAUGUAAAUAAGUGCAUGUGACUUUUUAAAAGAUAAUUUUUAUGCCCCAAUGAUUAAAAGUGAGGUAUGAUGUUACAUAACUUCCACUGUUCAUUUAACUUGUCUUUAUUACUAAUUCUCAAAAUAAAUGUGGAUAUUUCUUGAACAAAUAUAUUAACUUGUCCACAACCAUUUGAAGUGAAGGUUGAAUUGAAUACUUUUUGUAAUUCAUAAAAUGCUUGGAGUGCUGAACUAAAAGACUUCAACUGACAUUCUUCAUAGUAUGUUAUAUUGGCUAUUUACUAACAGUGACAGAUUUUGCAGAUGAACCACAAUAAUGAGCUGUUGAAUUUAUAGAAAACUAUGACCAGAUGCAUCUAUUAAAUGUUAAAAUUAAGGACUUGGAAGUGAAUUUAGUGCUGGUGUGGGGGUUGCAACAUUCAGGAACCACUAGCCCAAUCCCCAAUUUGCAAUCCAAAUACAAGCAACAAACAUUGUUCCUUGUUCAUAAUUAAUACAAAUAUUACAGUGAGGACUUUAUUCCUCUCUACCCUUCGCUGAAAUUCUAUAUCCUCCCUUGAAAAAGUAGAAACUUAAGAUAGUUGUCACAGAAUAACAUAGCUUGGCUGAUGUGUUGGAGUAUGGCCUUUGUGUGAGAAGUUGCAGUAAAUUCUGUUCAGGGUGGAACUACUUAAUAAGGCUGUGCUCUGUAGUGUAAAGUGAGCUACAGGUUAUCUUGGUUUUUCAUUUUAGCUUGAUUUUCAUGAUCCAGUUAUGGUCUGAGCAUGUUGCCCUGGGCACACAACUUGGCUGUAUGUCGGGUGUUAAUAGCUAGUGGUUUAAUGGUCAUGGAUUUCCAGUUCAGCUGUUAACACCUCUCUGGGUGAAAGCCAGUGCCAAUGUUAUACAAAUCCAGUAUUAAGUGUAGGAAUGAAAUAUACUCACCAUUGUCUCACAAAGACCACAUGCACAGUAGCAGUUUUGAAAGUGAAAAAAAAUGUUUCACUGUGUCACAAAAAAAAUUAAUAAGUUAUAUUUUGUUGUAUAAUUUAAAAAGGCAUGGUCUUUUCUGUGAUCAUUUAAUAAUUAAGAAUAUAUUUUUAUGGAUAGGUUAAAACAUUUUUAUUUUAUUAUUAAUUUUUAAAUCUGCUAUUACAGCACCACUUAAAAGUAAUAGUUCAUUGCUUUCUUUAUCAAUGUAAUUUGAUAAUGUGUAAUUGGUGCUAAUGAUGCUCACCACUAUUGUUUUGUGUGCUUUGUUAAUCUAUCUAGUUCCCUUCUUGUGAUUUUCUGAUAAUAUAUAGAAUCUUGUUAAAGAAUUGAUAACUUGUUUUGAGAUAUCUGAACUAACAAACAUGUAUAUAUCACAACCUCCAUUUACAACCAAUUAGAAAACCAGAAACAUCAUUUUUAUUUGUUUGCAAAAAUAAAUAGUUGUUUUGUAAGUAUAAAAAUACAAAUAAAUUUACCGAUAAAAUUGAAGAAAUAAGUUUCAUUAAGUUACCUGUCACAAGAUAUUUUAACAUACAUGAUGUGAGGUCUGGCCUGAUUAUAAUGACUAGCUGACAGAUGUCCGUAUCGUUUAUAUGAUGGGAUAUAAUAAAACAGAGCAUUAUGUAUAAACAUGAUUUAAGCUGUUUUCUGAAAAAAAAGCAUACUACUUGGAGAUACCAUUUGUAAUAUAUAGAGAAUACUACACAAUUUUUGUGGGGUGUUUGUGGGGUUUUUUGUUUUCAAAAAUGGAAUCUAGCUAGAUUCCAUUUCAGUUCAACUGAGUGGUUGCUAUCACUUUUCCAAUUCCAACCAGAUUUUUGUGGGAACACAGAGAAACAAAUUUGUGAAAUUGAUCAUUCUGUCUUCACUCCAAAGGCCUGAGGGGUGGCACCUAAAAGGGGGAAAUUAAGCCAAGUUAGAAAAUACGUUGUUUUUUUCUAUUUCCAGAAAUGCUACUUGUGAGUAGUCUUCAUAUAUUUAAUGGUUUUUCUAAUUUAUUUUUGGGUCCCCCGUUUGUACCCAGGGAGUGGGUUGAAGUUUUAUAUAAUUAUAUAAAGAAUUGCAUUUAAACUACUCGACUAAUUCCAAGCAAUUUUGCUGGAAGCUUCUGAAUGGUUUUCAUAUGCUAUGUAAAAGUCGUCAGAUGGUUUGUUAAAGUUGUGAAUUUUAUUAAUGAUGUGUGCCUGGAGAAGGGUGAUGUUUACUAUUUGUAUAGAGAAAUGCAUUUAAACUGUAAUUUCCUCACAACUAUUAGGCCAUUUUCAACUGAAUUUAGUCAUUCUGACCUCCCACAAAAAUGGGUGUCAUGCACUCCAUGACUGGUAGGUGGGAUCAGCAGUUUACUCAGGUGAUUGUUUAGGCCAAUGGGCCUCUUGUUAAUGUAUGAAUUCACAGAAAUUAUUUUAAACUGAAAGAAGUGUAGUAUUUUAUUUAUUACCAGCUGUGUUUCUUGUAAAUCCUAAAAAAUUAAACACUAUCAUGUGAUUACAUAGUCACUGAUGACUUGGUUGGGGACAGUGCCUUUAACUGACCAUGAUCUAAUGACGAUGUAUUGAAUAAUACAUGGGUUCUUGUAUCAAAACCUUUUUUUUGAAAAUUAUACUCUGAUCUAUCUCACAAUAAAGAUAAAUUCUUUCAGAUAACUAAAAUAAAGGGAUGGUUGGGUAGAAAUGUUAACUACAAAUAGCCAGUGCCCAUGACCAGUGUGCCAUUGUAUGUGUUUUAUACAUGUAUAUAUAGAGAAUAACUGGUUACUGUCUUAAGAUGCUGGCUUUAUCCUGCAAAAGUACAAUGACAAUUGCCACGAGGCUCUGUCAAGCAGCAUUCGCCAUUCAAUGUGAGCAGGAUAUCUUGAGACGGUAACCGGUUAUUUGAUUUAUCCUGUAAUCACUAUAUGUAUUGGCAGGAUAUGAUGACUUUCCGAGAAGGAAAUACUGUUUUGUGAUCAGCAAAGUAAUGUUAAUCUGUUCAAAGUUACUUAUUCUUUUAUUUCCAGUUAAAUAUUUGAUUUUUAUUUUAAAAAUAAUUUUGAAGACAAUUUUAGACCAAAACAAAAUAGUUUUUAAAUAAUAACAAUUUAUUUAUUAUUUUUAAAACAAAAAUUGUCUUUGAAAUGUUUUUUAAAAAUCAAAACCAUCAACUGGAAAUAAAACAUUAGUAACAUUUAACAGUACACAAUUCCUUUGCUGAUCAUAACUAGUAUAAAAGUAGUUCCGUUCCAUGAAGCUAUAUUUUUGGUCAUCAUAUCUUGCCAAUAUAUAUAGUAAUUGCAGAAUAAAUGGUAUUUAUCAGUAUUGUUUGCAGUUCCAAAACCUUGUUUUAUAAUAAAACAGAACAACUUAUAAAGUAUUUACAACUGUUAAAUAUAUAUUUCUGUUGUUAGAUUUUGUAUAUUGUUCAUUCUAGGUUCAUGUAUUCAGUGUCAUAUUGUUAUUUAAAAUAAUUUAUAUCUUUGUUCAUGUUAAAAGAAUGUUAACUCUUUUCACUAAAAUGCUGGAUGCUUUCAAAGUCGUGAACAGAAAGUGCCCAAAAUACAUUCUUGUAUUUUGUAUAAUAUUCUUGUAUAUUGACUUAUUUUUAGUAUGGUUUGCCUGCUAGAUUGUUUGUGUUAGAUAAGUUAUAAAUUUGAGUGUGGUAAUAAAAAUAUUGCCAACUGCAAUAAAACAUUUUAAAAAUGCUAUUAUGUUCUGCAGGUAACAUUAUUAUGCAGAACAUUAGUAACUGCUGAUUUUUGUGUGCUAUUUUUUGUUUUUAUUAAAUAUGUUUUUGUAUUUAAUAUUUGUUUGUCAUCUAACUGUUUACUCUUAGUAAUAUAUAUAACCAAUAUAUAUAACCAAAUGAUCAUUUUAAAACCAUUUGCAUUUGCAUCUGUUUAUAAAAGAUUAUAUUGCAUUUUGUGCUUGAUGGCAGAAUAUUACAGUCCAGACCUUUGUUAUGAUCAAUGGUACCACUUCAGUUUGGAAGCAUUAAUAUAUGUACUGAGAGAUUGGGGGUUGGGGAUUGACUGGGAGUAAUUUAUACAACUUCAGGUCUUAACCAGCAUAUAAUUCAACCGUAUUGUGUUACAGUACUUCUAACUGAGCAGUGUUAUUUGUUGGCCACAUAUAUUUCAUAAAUUUCAUUUCAUUUUAACAAAACCCGAUGUGUAUAUCUUAAAGCAUGUUGCUAUGUGAACUGUUGUAGUAAGUACCUAUGUGCGAGUCAUAUUACAGUAAUAUAAAAAUAUGUUAAUCAUUAAAUUUUGUCAAUAUCAAUGGGUGAUAAUUAUAGAAAUAGAUAAAUUUACUAUAUUUAGUGCCAGAAAAUACCAUUUUCAAACCACAAAUGUUAUUUUAAAUUUGCCCCCUCUACUUGUCGUGUUACAAGUUAAAAACAACAACAGUUUAUUGACAUUGGUUGUGUUUAUGCUGUUCAGAACAGAUGUGGAAUUCCUCAUUCUUACCUUCACAGAAUAAAGCCAUUGGAUUUUAAAGAAUUGCUAAAUGAUCUUAUUCAAUACUUAACGAACAUCUCAAAAAUCUUUUUGAGAAAUAAAUAUUUGUGAUUUGCAUGUAAAUUUUAAAGUUAAACUCCCCCAGCCAAGUCCUGUUACCCUCCAAAGACAACCUGAAAUGUCUGACAUGCCAUUACUACACCAAGAGUUACUAACUAGACGGUAUUAUUCUUUAAGAUGUAACCACCCAAGUGGAUUAUUCAGUGUAGAUAAGUGAAGCAGAGUUAGGAUGAUAUAAAUAUUAGACCACAAAUUUGAUUGAAGUGUUGCACGAUUAGCGUAUAUUUUUAAAGUGUAUUAUUAUUAUUAAUAAUGAAACCUUGGGUAUAGCUAUGAUAUUUGCAUUUACAAUCGAGUUGCAACCAGUUGGAUACAUGUGAUGACAAAACGAGGUGUUAUUUUUCUGUGGUUGAUCAAAAUAUUGUACAUGUAUCAUGUAAUCAGUGUGGAUGGUUGUACAUAAGGUAGUUUUAUUGUUUAUGUGUGCAUGCAAACACACACACCAACACACUCAUAUAUGUACAACUGUAUAUAUGUAUAUGAUGUAACCUUGUUGACUAUUUGUUGAUUUAAUCCAAGAUAUGCAGUUUGUUUUAAUUUAUACAUGGAUUGUGAAAACUAAAAAACAAAUAUGGCUGUAUCUAUUGUUGAAUAGAAAUUAUUUUUCACAUGGGGGUUUAUUCAAGUUGAUUGACAUUAUAAUAAACUGUUUGGCAACA